UAAGUUAUUGUAGUUAUAUAAUUUCAGAUAAUGUAUUACCUAAAUAUCCGAGAAACAUGAAUAAUGCUUGGGACGACAGUUUGCUGCGCCGAAGCGAGCCGACAACGGUCAAACAGAAGUUCACUUAUCCCAAAAUAUUAGCUUCGAAAACAGUUACUAAAUCAUACUCGAUCAAAAGACUAAAGCGAAACCUAGAAACAAGUUGUAAUGACGAUUCAAGACCAACAACUUCUGUGUUAGAGUCUUUCGAUCCAUUUUCAAAGAAAAGGAAAGUUGCCACAGAAGAAAAUUUUGGUUCAUCGAAUCUUGCCGUUAGUAGAUCUCAAAAUACAGAAUUUAGCUGUUGCAUUCCAGAGCAGAAAGAACCCUCCUCGGGAAGAGGAAAUACCGAGAGUUCGAAGAAUAGUUCGGAAUCUUGCACGAAUUCAAAAGAUCUUGUUCUAAAUCAAAUUGAAAACAAAUUGAUAUCGAGUUCGCCCAUUAAGAAGCACACGAAGUUGGCUCCUCGUAUUGAAGCUUCUGGUUUAUUAAAAAGGAAUUUAAGCGGAGUGAUAAACAGCGUCGAGUUUUCUCCUUCCAAAGAUCCGCAAUGGUCUGACAUGGCGCCUCCAGGUUCGAGUUCUUCGAACCUUGAAAAUGAUGAAAAAACCGCGAUUGGUACUUCUGAAGUCUCCGGUCAACCGAAUGAACGACUCGACCACAAAUCGGAAAAUCUAUCUGAAUUUUCACAAGGUAUUAACAAGCAAACUGAAUUCAAAUCGAGUUGUGCUAAUAGCCCUGAGCAGGAUAAUCAAGUAAGGAUAAUUGAAAAAACUGCUUUAACCGAUUCUCGUAAGGUGUCAAUGUUGCAGAAAUCUAAUUCCCAGAAUUCGACAAUGUCUCAAAAAUGCUCAGCUUCUCAGCAGUUAUCAAGUUCUUCAAAGGCAACGGCUCAAAGUAGCAACAUGAAAUGUGAUAACUUUGUGAAACUCAAUAUGAAGCAGAAAACGUUCGUAAAAGGCAAUAGCAAGUUCGCUCUUAAUCGGAAAAAAUUUAAACACAAACAGUUUCAGAGAUUUAAAAGUAGAAAAGAAAACUCGUAUAUGGCUAAUAUGAGCAAAAACGGAAACCGCAGCUCCUGGAAAACUAGCUCGGAGGCGCCCAAAUCCUUCGAAGCUGUGAGCUUACCAGACGUUAUGAGCUAUGUUAAAGAAGCAGUUUUAAAUAUUGUUCCCAAAUUUGUGAACGAUGCUACUCAGUCAUGUAUUAGAUCUGAAAAGUUCACAUUGGACGAUGAUGAGUUCCUGGAGAUGUUGCCGGGAGCUCUAAAGAUAUUCAAAAUACAGAAUCUGCAAAAAUGGCAGCUUGAUUGCAUUAAGCAAAUAGUUCGGGGAAAAUCAUCGCUUGUUGUUAAACCGACGGGAAGUGGUAAAUCUCUAUGUUACCAAUUGCCAGCUUUGAUGUUGUUUAAAAAAUUCAAAACCUUGACACUUGUAGUUUCACCGUUAAUUUCACUGAUGGAUGAUCAAGUUAAAAACUGCCCGAGAGGUCUAAAAGCCGCUUGUUAUCAUUCGUCGCUAACGGAAUCGAAGAGAAAUAAUGUCUUAAAGGAGUUAGCUGAAAAUAAAAUAGCGGUUCUUUUUGUCUCCCCAGAAACUAUUGUUGAAGGUUUUGUAUUGCGUCAAAUGGAGAACUUUCCUUCUAUAAGCUUCGCAUGUAUUGACGAAGUACACUGCAUAUCUCAAUGGUCGCAUAACUUUAGACCUUCUUACUUCAGACUUUGCAGUACUCUAAAAGAGCAUUGGGAAAUUCAGUGUUUUCUGGGAAUCACCGCAACUGCAUCUAAACAAACUGAAAUUGAUAUGGGAAGGUUACUUGAGAUCACGGAAAGUCAAAUGUUCUACGAUGUUAGGAUCCCAAAGAAUCUGAGAAUCAGUGCGUCAAGUGACACUCAUAGACUGCAAUCAUUGGUCGAUUUGCUCGAAAAAGAACCCUUCAAGAGUUUCUCGACAGUUUUGAUUUACUGUACGAAACGGAACGACUGUGACGCAGUAGCAGCGCAUAUACGAACUGUUUUCGGAAUGCAAGAUUUAGCAGAGAGUUACCACGCUGGAAAAUCGUCUUCAGAACGAGCUCAGAUUCAGAAAAAGUUCAUGAACGAAAGUUUAAAAAUAGUUUCAGCUACGGUAGCAUUUGGCAUGGGGCUCAAUAAGUGGAAUAUUCGAGCUGUGAUUCACUACAACAUAUCAGGAAGCGUAGAAAGCUUUGUUCAAGAAAUCGGAAGAGCUGGGCGUAACUCAAACGAAGUAGCGUUUUGUCACACAUUUUUGAACAAAGACUCGAUGGCUGAUUUAUAUGAGCAGGAAAGACAUGUUUACAGCUCCUUUGUAGAACCAUCGACAAUUCGGAAAGUUGCCGCAAAUGUUUUCCACGAUUUAGAAUUUAUAAACUGUGAACAUGUUGGAAUACCUAAUGAAGAUCAUUAUCAUUACGCUGCCGUUGACCUUUCAAUGGCGGCGUCUUUAGAUGUAAAAGAAGAAACGCUGUUGACCAUGAUUUCAUAUCUUGAAACUCAUAAAUCGAAGCCUCUGGUCAUUGAGAAAAUAGCUAAUGAUUUCUGUUCAGCGUUCUUCUAUAAUGGGUUCAAUUUGCCGAAAAGUUUCGUGGACGAUUUUCCAGUUUUCAAAGUUGCUUUGAAGUUGACCGAAUCUGGACGUGGCGCCACAAGAGACGGAAACAAAUUGAGCUUCAAAGUUUCGACUGUUGCUAAUUUUUUAAAUGCACCAUAUGAGAAAAUAGCGAGGUCGAUUUUCGUGAGUCAAACUAAAAACAUGGGAGUCAAAAUAUCACUGACAGCCAAAAGCGCAGUUUUAAAAUUGCGAUGUUGCGAGUUGAAUCAAAGCGAAAUUUUGACUGAGUUUUUGUUAGAUCAAACUAAGUACCAUGAAAACUCGAAGAUCAGAAGUCUCCAUUGCGAGUUGAAUCAAAGCGAAAUUUUGACUGAGUUUUUGUUAGAUCAAACUAAGUACCAUGAAAACUCGAAGAUCAGAAGUCUCCAUUUUCUGUUUAAUGAGCUUCUGAUGCCUGUGGCAGAGAAAUCAGUAUUUUCUUGUUUCCCGGAAGACGAUGAGCUGCUUAUUGACCCAAAAGUCAAUUCGGAUAUCGCAGAGAAAGUUUUGAGUUAUUUCGAGACAGUGGAAACUUCGACGAAUGCUUAUGUAGCCGAAAAAGUAGCUUUGGUCGAAAAGGACGAGUAUGUUGCCAGGCAAAAAGUAAGGACCUUUAUCUCUCUGUAUCAUGAUAUGGAACUAUCAGGUCUGGCGAUUUGCAGGAUUCUACAAGGCAUGGACUCCCCCAUGUUUCCAGCUCAUACUUGGUGUACUGUGGGUAAAUUUUGGAAGUCGUUUGUAAAUUGUAGUUUCAAAUCUUUGCUCAAAAUUUGCAAUAACGAAGUCUUGAAAAGCUGAAAAUUGUUUUUGUUUUGUGUAACUUUCAUUUGAUUUUUGUUUUUAUCGAAUUUAAAGUUAGAAUACUGACAUCACAAUUUUCUGAGUUAUGUGAAAACCAAAUGGUUGAAU